UUCAAGGAUAUAGUCAUAAAAUAAAUGCUUCCCUAUCUCUCAGCUGCCUUCUCUGGCCGCCAAAUUCUGCUCUGCCAGGCUCGCAUGGCUCACUUUUAUUGCUUAGAAGAAAAUUCAAUUUUUUUCGGGUUAUCGGAGGGAGGGAGUCCCGUUACCAGCCCGCCCCCCGCAGCAGGGCCCUCCCUCAGGGCCCUGGGCUGCUUCUCCGUGUUGGAGAACCGGGGCGGGCGCCCACGCAGCAGCACCAGAGAGGGACCCCCGGUGCUUGCAGGGCCACCCCGUCCCGGCAUGAGUGAGUCACGGCGGCCGACGAGCCGGGCAGGUUCUCCGGGCCACGUCCCCGCCUUCCGGUGGGGUCCCGGCCGCCCUUCGGCAGCGGGCGGCCCCGCCGAGGAGGGCCGGGAGGGCUGCGUGCGGCUCGGCGCGUAGCCGGCGGCGGCCGCGCCCCCGGCGAGGGGCGGCGCACGGCCCGGUGCGGCUUCUUCAGCCGGCGGCGGCGGCGGCGGGGACGGCCUGGGAGCGGUGAAAUGGCGGCGGGGAGCGCGGCGCUGCUGCGGGCGCUGGGGCUUGCCGUCUUGCUGGUGCUGCCCGUCGUGCCCCGUGAGUCUCCCGGUGCGGCGGAGAGACGGUGCUUCUGCCAGGUUACUGGUCAUUUGGAUGACUGCACCUGUGAUGUAGAAACCAUUGAUGCCUUCAACAACUAUAAGCUUUUUCCUAGACUGAAUGAACUUCUGGAAAGUGACUAUUUUAGAUACUACAAGGUAAACCUAAAGAAACCUUGUCCUUUUUGGAAUGACAACAGUCACUGUGGAAUAAGAGACUGUGCUGUAAAGCCCUGCCCAUCCGAUGAAGUCCCGGAUGGAAUCAGAUCUGGAAGUCACAAGUAUUCGGAAGAAGCCAACAGCCUUGCUGAAGAAUGUGAAGAAGCCAAGAGACUUGGAGCUGUUGAUGGCUCUUUGAGCAAGGAAACCCAGCAGGCAGUGCUCCAGUGGACACAGCACGAUGACUCUUCAGACAGCUUCUGCGAAGCUGAUGAUAUCUAUUCUCCUGAUGCGGAGUAUGUGGAUUUACUCCUGAAUCCUGAACGCUAUACUGGCUACAAAGGACCGGAUGCCUGGAAAAUUUGGAAUAGUAUUUACGAAGAAAACUGCUUCAAGCCUCAGAGUGUAAAAAGACCUUUGGCAUCUGGUAGAGGAGAUGAUGGAGGGCAUACGUUUUACAAGUGGCUGAAAGGUGUUUGUGUAGAGAAACGAGCUUUCUACAAACUCAUUUCUGGCCUCCACGCAAGCAUCAACAUCCAUUUGAGCGCCAGGUACCUUUUGCAAGAUACGUGGUCAGAGAAGAAAUGGGGCCCCAACGUUACCGAGUUCCAGCAGAGAUUCGAUGAAGUCAUCACCAGAGGGGAAGGUCCCAGAAGACUCAAGAACCUGUAUUUCCUCUACCUGAUAGAGCUACGGGCCCUCUCCAAAGUGCUGCCGUUCUUUGAGCGCCCCGGUUUCCAGCUGUACACAGGGAAUAAAAGUCACGAUUCGGAAAUGAAAAACUUCUUGCUGGAAAUUCUCCACCUGGCCAAGUCUUUCCCACUGCAUUUUGAUGAAAACUCAUUCUUCGCAGGGAAUAAAAAGGAAGCUGCUAAACUAAAGGAGGAAUUUAGGCUACACUUUAAGAAUAUUUCUAAGAUAAUGGACUGCGUUGGCUGCUUCAAAUGUCGCCUGUGGGGGAAGUUGCAGACGCAGGGCUUGGGCACGGCACUGAAGAUCCUCUUUUCUGAAAACCUGAUAGAAAAGAUACCUGAAAGCGGCCCUUCGUACGGAUUCCAGUUGACAAGACAAGAAAUCGUUGCCUUAUUUAAUGCUUUUGGAAGGAUCUCAACAAGCGUUAGAGAACUGGAAAACUUCAGGAACAUCUUACGAAAUAUGCGGUGAAUUCUGCUGGAGAAAGAGAGACUUAAAGCGUUACUGCUCGGCUCUUCUGGGUUCUCUAAAAAUGGACAAGCGCCUUUGUUCCAUCGCACUCCCAACCACUACGUGGUGAAGGCCGCUUGCUGGAGUGCCUGUUCACAGCUGUUAGUCUGUAACCUGCUGAUGGCCAAUACUGUGUAUGGGGGGGAAACUACUUUUAUACAAAAAAAAAGGUGGGGACUAUAUGUAAAGUUUAUUUUAUAUAUUGGAAGAUCAUUUUGAAUAACUUCUUUAAAUAUUGCUGUGCUAUUUUGAUGGAUGAAACCCAUCUCUUCAGCUUCUGGAGGCAAAGUUAGGGUGAGAACUGUGCCACUGAAUAAAUUUGGGGAAAAUUCCUUGUCCACUC